UUCUCAUGCAAUGUAUGACUGACAGUUGCAGGAAAAAAGAUGGAAAAAGAGAGAAAAAGGAGAGGGAGAGAGUGGGAAAAAAGUGGAAAGAGAAGGGCAGUGGAGGGGAACGAGAGAGGGAGAGGGGUUGAGAGUGUGCUAAGAGCUCCCCCACCACUUCCACAACGUUUAAAUGUAGAGAGGAAAAGGCAAUGGAAACGGAGAGCGACCUGCAACAAUCAAGGUGUAUGAGUAAUUGAAUUUCAACUACAGGCCCACAAAAGGAAAGUGAAGAACAAUCAUAUCCAUAAUAAUAAAUAUAAAUAUUUAUAUCUCUUCUGUAAUUAAUAUUAAUUCGCAGAUUUUAAACGCCGACAAAACUUGCUCUAAUGGUGGGGUUGCUAAAACCUCCACACUGAUUUUUACUACUUUUAUAGUAUACCGAUUCCUCGUUUCUGCGUUUCUCUUUUUGGGUUUUUGUUUCUUUGAUUUGGGGUUUCUUCUAUUGUGGGAAAAUUCGAAGUGUUUUCUGUUUAUAAGUGGCUGUUUUUCAUGAUUUAAGCCCUUCAUCUUUUUGGCUUUUGGCUUUUGGCUUUUGGGUUUCUGGGGGAUCUCUGGAAUGUUCAUGCUGGGUGUGGUCUGUUAGGGUUUUGUGUGGUUGGUUUGCUGCAAUUGUCCAUUUUAGAAAAUGGGUUGCUUUUCUUGCUUGAGCCCUCGGAGGGAUGAUGUCAGCAUGAUCGAGGGCAGUGGGCAGAGGCGCCAUUCCGCUGAUUUUCCAGACCAUGGGAAGGGAGGAUCAGUGAGUAACAAAGGCAAGGAUAAAAGCAGCCAAAAUGGCACUGGUGCAAAAAGUUUCACCUUUCAACAACUCAUUAAUGCAACAAGAAGUUUCAAGGUCAUGAUUGGAGAAGGGGGUUUUGGGAAGGUUUAUAAAGGCAAGCUAGAAAAUGGCCAGAUUGUUGCAAUCAAAUGGCUCAAUCACGAGGGCAUUCAAGGAAGUCAGGAAUUUAUCAUGGAGGUUCUCUUGUUGAGCCUUUUACGCCAUUCUAAUCUUGUCUGCUUAAUUGGCUACUGUACUGAUGGAGAUCAAAGGCUCUUGGUUUAUGAAUACAUGCCCAUGGGAAGCUUGGAAGAUCAUCUCUUUGACGUUGGCCCCAACAAGGCAACAUUGGAAUGGAACACCCGGAUGAAAAUUGCUGUUGGCACUGCUAGGGGCCUGGAGUAUCUUCACUGCAAAGCAAACCCACCUGUCAUCUACCGAGAUUUGAAAUCUGCAAAUAUACUCUUGGACAAUGACUUCCAUCCCAAGCUUUCUGAUUUUGGACUUGCUAAAUUUGGACCUGUUGGUGACAACACCCAUGUUACAACCCGGGUUAUGGGAACACAUGGAUAUUGCGCCCCGGAGUAUGCAAUGAGUGGUAAACUGACCCUCAAAUCUGAUGUAUAUAGCUUUGGUGUUGUUUUGUUGGAACUGAUCACUGGACGGAUGGCAAUCGACUCUACUAGGUUGCAGGGAGAGCAGAACCUAGUAAAUUGGGCUCGGCCUCUCUUCAAGGACCGGAGGCGAUUCUCUCAGCUGGUGGAUCCUCUGCUGCGAGGCCGCUUCCCUGUCCGGUGUCUACACCAUGCAAUUGCCAUAACUGCAAUGUGCCUGCAGGAGCAGCCUACAUACCGGCCACUGAUAAGUGAUGUUCUAGUAGCUCUGGAGUACUUGGCCUCCCAACCUUACAACCCAGAAGCUCAUUCUCGUGGCAGCCCCCGCAGCCCCUCACCUUGCUCCCCUCUCCAUGCCUAAUACAUACAAUGGGAGUCUCUCACCUUUCUGUCUUAAAUCUUUGUCAAAUAUAUGAAGUCUCAUAGGUGGAAAAUAUCCAUAUCCUCUACCAAGAAAUGGCUGGAAGUCAGAACAAAAGUGGUUCUGAUUUAGCUAGAAAUGGUUUUUGAACAUAUACAUAAAUAAAACUGUUUAAAAAGAGUAUUUCUUGUGGAA